AUGACACUUUUUCACCCAGAAACCCUAUAUCUUUAUCUUGGUGAACAAGGUUCAUGGAGUGGUCCACCAACAUUCAAUGGUGGCGGAUAUGGAACAAUAGGUAUUACAGAUCGUAACUUGUAUGUUUCCGGCGGUUCCGGCGGCGGAGCUUCUGACUUAAGACUUUUAAGCGGAUCUUGGAAUGAUUUUGAAAGUUUAAAAUCAUGA